AUGAAAUCAGCGAGCUCGCCUAAACGCCAAAACUGUAUCGGUAUCUGUGCUUCUGUAUCCACAACCCAAAAAAAGGCAUGUAUUGUAUUGAAGACGCAUGGAGCAUCCUCUCAUGCCUUGUUUUCGAUUAUCUUGACUCAAGAAGAGUGA